AUGUGGCCACGUUCAUCUGGGGCCAGGCCUUUGUCUGGCACUUUUAUAAGGAAGGAACCAGGAGCCAUGGCUUGGUGGUGUCUGGAUGGUCUUUCUCAAGGCCUUGCUGAGCCGUGGAGAGAGCUCUGGAGAUUGCGCUCUCAGCCCAUGGACUCCAUACUUUCGAUGCGCAGGACCACAAGAGACUAUAGAAGCUUACGGAAGACGGGGAGCAUGGAUGGCUGGAGACAGAAUCUAGAACCUUCAAAUAAUGUGGAGAUGUUGCAACCUCCAGCCCAUCAAGAUGUUUCAGAGAGGCGGCUAGACAACUUGAGACCUCAAGUGGCCAUGUGGGAACGGGAUGCUUCUGGUGAUGGGCAGGAGCCGGGGCGGAGAGAAAGAGCAUGGUCUAUAGAGGGGUCUCAGGCCCUGACUCAGCAGGCUGAGCUGAUCUCUCGGCAGCUGCAAGAGCUGCGGCAGUUCGAGGAGGAGGUCCGGCUCCUGAGAGAGACCUCACUACAACAGAAGAUAAGGCUUGAGUCCCAAGCCAUGGAGCUGGAGGCCCUAGCACGGGCUGAGAAAGCUGGCAGAACUGAGGCUGAGGGUCUGAGAGCUGCCUUGGCUGGGGCUGAGGUCAUCCGGAAGAACCUGGAAGAAGGGAGCCAACGGGAGCUGGAGGAAGUUCAGAGGCUGCACCAAGAGCAGCUCUCUUGCUUAACAGCGGCUCACCAGGAGGCUCUUUCCAGUUUGACCAACAAGGCUGAGGGCUUGGAGAUGUCUUUGAAUAACCUGGAAGCCAGGCGUGCAGAGGAAGCCAAAGAGCUGGCCAUGUCCCAGAGGGAGACUGAGCUGCUACAGAAGCAGCUGAGCAAGACCAAAGAAGACUUGGAGGCUCAGGUGACCCUGGUUGAGAAUCUAAGGACAUAUGUAGGAGAUCAAGUCCCUUCAGAGGUUCGUAGCCAGGCUUGGGAACUGGAGCGUCAGGAGCUUCUAGAAACUGUGCAGCGCCUGCAGGAGGACCGGGACACCCUGCGCUCCACCUCCGAGCUGCUGCAGGUGCGGGUGCAGAGCCUCACCUAUAUCCUCAGCCUGCAGGAAGAGGAGAUGGCCAACAAGAUUCAACCCUCAGAGUCCCUGGAGCCUGAGCUCACCAAGAAGUUCCAGUCGUUGCUGACCUGUUGGCGGGAGAAAGUGUUUUCCCUCAUGGUGCAGCUGAAGACCCAAGAGCUGGGCCACAGAGAGUACACAGAACAGCUGAAGGGACAGGUGGCUGAGCUUGAGGAGAAAGUUGCUGCGCAGAGCCACCAGCAGGUCAUCCUGCAGCGCUCCCUGCAGGACAAGGCUGCAGAGGUGGAGGUGGAGCGGGUCAACGCUAAGACCCUGCAGGGGGAGCUGAGCCGAGCUCUGGAAGCCCGGCGCAGGCAGCAGCAGCAGAUGGCAACAGAAGAGGAGCAUCUGAAACUGGUGGCCAGUUCUGUGUGCAGCUCGCAGAUCUGGCUCCAGAACACCAUGGCCAAGGUGGAGCAGGCUGUCGCUCGGCUUCCCAGCCUCAGCAACCGACUCAACUAUGCUGCCCGCAAGGUCCACACCAUUCAGGGUCUGGUGGCUCGGAAAGUGGCCCUUGCUCAGCUGCGUCAGGAGAGCUGCCCCCCACCCCCACGCCCACCCCCAGUGGCCACAGAUGUAAGCCUUGAGUUACAGCAGCUUCGAGAAGAGCGAAAUCGUCUGGAUGCAGAGCUGCAGCUAAGCGCCCACCUCAUCCAGCAGGAGGUGGGCCGGGCCCGGGAGCAAGGGGAGGCAGAGCGGAAGCAGCUCAGUGAGGUGACCCAGCAGCUGGAGCAGGAGCUACAGCGAGCCCAGGAAUCCCUGGCCAGUGUGGGGCUGCAGCUGGAAGUGGCUCGCCAGGGCCAGCAGGAGAGCACGGAGGAGGCCGCCAGCCUACGGCGAGAGCUCACACAGCAGCAGGAGGUCUAUGGGCAAGCUCUGCAAGAGAAGGUGGCUGAGGUGGAAACUCGGCUGCGGGAACAGCUGUCGGAAACAGAGAGGAGACUGAAUGAAGCUCGGAGAGAGCAUGCCAAGGCUGUGGUCUCCCUGCGUCAGAUCCAACGCAAAGCUGCCCGGGAAAAGGAGCGGAACCAGCAGCUCAGGCAGCUGCAGGAGGAGGCCCGCAAGGAGGAGGCGUUGCGGCUGAUGAGGCGCCUACAGGAGCUGGAGAGGGACAAGAACCUCAUGCUGGACACCUUGAGGCAGGAGGGUCUGCUCUCCCGUCACAAGCAGCAGCGGCUCUUGGCAGUUCUUCCUUCCUUACUGGAGGAGGGGAAAUCUGUGGAGUCCAGCCCCAAGCCUCCAGGAUCCUCAGCACCUCCUGUUCCCCCAGCAUCUUCAUCUGCAGCAGUGGUACCCUCCUCCAGGGACCCCAUAAAAAGGUCCCUUUCCACUCUGCUCGAUGACCUGCAGGGCUUGACUGAGGCCAUUGCCAAAGAGGAAGACCUCUGUCAAGGAGACAACCGGAACUCUUCCUCCAGUUCACUGCUGAAAGGGAGGAUUGGGGAGGAUCCUGGAGGAUCCGGAGAAGUGGGGCAGGCAGCAACCACCCGAUAUCUGUGA